AUGAUAGUGAAGAUCGGCUAUAACAAGCUCUACGUGGAUGGUGUCUUGUGGACCUGGGACUACACCGUGGAUGGCUUGGUCCAGAGAUCUGCUGCCUCUUCUCCUAAGAAUUCCAAAUCGCAGCCUAGAACAAAACCAACCCAGGAAAAAAACUCAACUUCCCUCAGCACCAUCAAUGUUACGUUCUGGAACUCUAACGAUAUUACCAUCUUGGGAGGUGAUGUCAAUGCCACAGUUGCGGCCUUCGAUGAUGAUCUCCCAACUGAGGUCGUUCAGAGGUCCAAAUUGGGAGAACAAAGAGAGUAUUUGGUCCGGAAGACUGAUGUGAGAGGUGAGCUGGUGAUGAACUUCAUGAUUGAGAAUGGAUUUACCUUAGUGAAUGGAAGAACGCUCUCUGACUCUCCUGCCAGAUUCUCCAGUUCUAGAGCACUCACUACCUAUGAUUUGAUCUGGGUAAAUACGACCAGUGCCGGUUCAAUUGAGGAUUUGAAGAUCUCGUCGAAUCUCCUAGGAUCUAACCAUCUACCACUGCAUUUAAUGCUCUCGCUACAGAAUGUACUAUCGUCUGGUUCAUCUGAUAGGCCUCUUCCGGCGUCACUGAAUAGAUACUCUAGGCCGGCUGCAUCAACCCAGAAAAUUCUCAAAUGGGAUCCGAAGAAAUGGAGUGAGUACACUCUACAUCUCACCUGCUCACGUCGAAUCCUAGAGGCUAAUCUAGCUCACGACGCAAACGAACUGAACGAACUGAUAACCUGGGCGCUUAAAGAGGCGACCUCUCUGUCCAGGAUGAAAGCAAAAGCACUGUAUAGAAAGAUUUAUAAUCCUGAGUACAAUCAGGAGAGGGCACGGGCGUUUGACGAGAAUAAUAAAGAAUAUAAAAAUUGGAUUCUGGCGAGGAAAGGAGAAUACAAAAAUGCUGUCAUCGAGAAAUUUGCCAAUGUUAAAUCCCAAACGAUCUUCUGGAAAAAUUACUGUGAAGCUAAAGACUGGAUACCUGGUCUCGAGACCAUCUCGCUGGCUGAGUGGAAUGAUUUCAUCCGCCGUACCUAUUCUGCUAGGGAAAUUAAACAAUUGGAGCUCGCCGAUACCUCAAAUGAAGAGUUGGACUAUCAGAUCUUGACUGAAGAGCUGAAAUAUAGCAUCAACUCUAUGAAGGCUGGUAAAGCACCAGGGGAGGACUCAAUUUCCUCCAGUUUUUACAAAUUUCUCUCUCCAGAGAUAGUUUUGAGAAUGAUCUUCAAGAAGGGAGAGCAGCGAGAUACUCUCAACUAUAGGGGAAUCACUCUUAUCAACAACAUCACGAAGCUCUUCACCAGCAUCAUCAACACCAGACUUUACAACUGGGCUGAGAGGCUCCACAUCAUUUCUGAAGAGCAAGCAGUCUUCAGGCGACACAGGGGUGCCCUGGAUAAUUUGUUCUCCCUACAAGUCACCAUCCAGAAUAGACUGAGGCUUCCAGGCGGUAAAGUGUAUGCCUUAUUCGUGGACUAUCGCAGGGCUUUUGAUGCAGUCCCACAAUUCCAGCUCUGGAGCAAGCUUCUCGACAUGGAUGUUAGCCCCAGGCUGAUCAAGGUAAUCAAGAACCUCUACGACCACUCCACAAUGCAUAUCAGGAUACCAGAGGGCUGUACCGAGGACGUUGACGUGAGUGAGAGGGUGCUGCAGGGAGAAAAACUCAGCCCCCUUCUGUUCAACUUGUAUUUAUCGGACUUUGUAUCCUUCUUUCAAGCCAGGGGUCCCAGAGGUGUUGAUAUUGACGAUGGGAACGAUGUAAUUCUCUUCUUAUAUGCUGACGAUUUAAUAGUCCUGGCCAACAACUCUGUGGAACUCAAAAGAAGAGCGAAAAUCCUUGAAGAGUACUGCACGACCAUCGGGCUUACCAUCAACAUCAGCAAAACGAAGGUACUAGUAUUCAGAAGAGGGGGAGCUCUGCCUGCCAGAAACCACCAGUUCAAACUUUAUGGUAGCGUCGUAGAGAUUGUCAGCUCCUAUGUCUACCUCGGCAUUAAGCUCAGCUUUUCUAGUCUGGGCGGCGGCGCUACCAAAGUGGCCAUUGCUAAAGCGGGUGCUGCCUCUGCUUUAGUAAUCAGGAUCAUCUCAAAAAUCAACGCGGCUCCUGGGAGGGUAUCAGUAAGCUCUACGUCAGUAUCGUCCAAUCGAUCCGCGGGUAUGCCGCCUGUAUAUGGGCCCUGA